CAAGAUCAUUUUUUUUGCCUAAUAACGGGGCUAAACAAAAAAAAUGAAACUUCAUUCCAGACUUCCCCUAAAGAGCUCAACCAUCAAGGACGCACUUGGGAUCUGGAUGCCAUCCUCACAGAAAUCGACAACGCAAGAGAAUCGUUGGAUAUUCAUGUCAUGGAUUAUUUUCCGCUUAUCGUAUACACUCGUCCAAAAAAGUAUUUUCCGACCAUUGAUGAUGCCAUUCGACGGGCUGUUCUUCGCGGUGUCCAAGUGCGAAUUUUGUCUGCAGCACUUCACUAUCCAGAACUGGGUGUACGCUUCCUUCGAUCACUGGCCGCUUUGAACAAUGUGGACGAAAACGCCACAAUUGAAGUGAAAAUUUUCAAAGUACCAAGUGAUGACCUCGACAAUAUUGUCAUCAGCAGAGAACGGCGGACACACAAUAAGUUUAUGGUAUCCGAAUCAGCCGUAAUUAUCGGAACAUCCAAUUGGUCUGGUGACUACUUUGUAGGAGGAACGACCGGUGCUGCCAUAAUUAUCAAGCAAAAGAAAGGCAAAAGAACAAUUUUUGAUAGAGACUGGAAUAGCGAAUACGCUCAUUCAUUAGAGGAUUACUUUGUUGGCUGCAUUGAACGAGGGGUGCAGGCUGAUUUUUGCGAAGGUGAAAAGGAUCCCAGUUUAUUCGAAUCGACUGUUGCACCUCGGAUAUCGUAA